AUCGCGGGCAGGAGGAGGAGGAUGACGAUGACGCUGAUCAAGAUCCGAUCAUCCCUGGCGGUUUCAGGUUAGGUAUGGGAGGGAUGGAUCCGAUCAGAUCAUGCAGAGCCCUCUCGCUCGAUGUCGAAGACACAUAUAUCUCUCCUCUCCUCUCCCAGAUGAUCAAAAGCGACGUCCCUUCAGCGCGCGGGACAUUUGGCUGCAGGGGUCCAGCAGGAAGCAGAUGACUGCAUUCGCAACUGCAGCAUCUCCCACUUCCCGCUUCCCACUCCAACUCCUACUCCUACUCCUACUCCUACUCCUACUCCUGCUUCGUAAACCUGCUUUCCUGACCUUUUUCUCUCUCAUCCCGCUCCCCUCCCCUCCCCUCCCCUCCGCCACCUCUUCCCAAGUUCUUCCAUCCGUCCAUCCAUCCAUCCAUCCAUCCAUCAACCCAUCCUCUCAUCAUCACCCACCCAUAUCACCUCAACCCCCUUCCCUACUCCCAGCCAUCCCCCUCCCCAUGAAACACCCACCAAAUGUCUCAGCCCGGCGCGCGUCACACACGAGCAUGCCUCGGAGACCUUGCCCCUCUGUCGCUGCUGCGUGAUACGAUGAUACGAUGAUACGAUACUGU